AUGGAAUUCAUACACAGCAAAGGAAUUGUCCAUCGAGACAUUAAAUCUGAAAAUUUUCUUCUUGAAGAUGACUUUCCUAUAUCUUUAAAUGAUCCAGAGGAAGUACAUAAUGAUAUAUGUAGAUCUAUAAUAGACAAAUAUCAGAUAUUAGUUGGUAGAAAAUACAAAACGUUUCUGGUCGAUUUUGGAUUAGCAUCUUACUAUAUUGACCAGGAAACAGGAAUACACAUCCAAGAUGAUGACGAAAAAAUAAUAAAUGGAUUAAAAACUGGUACAGCCCAAUAUGCUAGUAUAAAUGUGCAUCGGGGAUGUUGUAAGCGUGAUGAUAUGGAAUCUCUUGGAUAUAUAUUUUUGGAGAUGUUAAAAGGGUUCCUGCCAUGGUCCAAAGCCAUCUGGUAUACUGAUGAAGAAUUAUGGACAAGAGUAUUGGAAAUCAAAGAAGAAACUUCUUUGGUUGACUUGUGUAUUGGAAUUCCAAGGGGUGAAACAAGAGGUUCCGGACCCAAUAGUAGAUCAGUAACUAUAGAAGAUGAAUGGUAUAUUGACAGAUCCUGGUAUAAUCAUGACAUCAAUGAUAAUUUACCAUCAGCAUCAGCAACAAACAGGUUAAAUGCAUAUGAUCCAAAGACUACUUGUAAAGUGGUGUAUUAUAGAAAUGAAAAAUGGGAAAAAGAAAGAGCAAGUAUUCUUAAUGCAUGGAAUAAUGGUCGUACGUGGACCAGGCGUAUUAAAGAUCAUAAAGGAAAAGGUCGAAUGGAUUAUAUUGUGAUAUGUGAAUUUUAA